AUGGUGUCUCAAAAGCUAGAGAUUUGCAUCGAAUUGAUGAAGAUUGCCGUCGUUUUCGUCGCCACCGUGGCUGAAUCAGUAGAAGAAGCUUUCCGCAAGCCUCCACCGGCGCUCCCGGCAGUUCAAGGUGGUCGCCGGAAUACUUACGCUACCGUUCCCAUUCCUCUUGUUGGAUUCAUGUGA